AUGGGGGCAGAGGUAAAGGGCCCAAAAAUCCAGGAAAAUCCCUGCCAUAAAUCCAGGAAGCAACAUCAGUGUGAUCUCAAUCCUCUUGUUAACAACAUGGCAGGCAAAAUUGUGGUCCUAGCGGCGAUGGUGGGUCUGAUUGUGGCGGCGCCCCAGUACAACUACGAGCCCCCUCAGGCGCCCUCUUCCCUCUACGAGACGCCCCUGGAUGCCGAACCUCAGAACCUCGUCCCUGCAGUUGUCAGCCCGCCGAUGCAAGGAAUGCCGUACGACUUCACGUGGGGCGUCGAGGACGGCGACAGCGGCAACGCCUUCAGCCACGUGGAGAACAGCGACGGCCAGACGACCCAGGGCGAGUACCGCGUCCUUCUUCCCGACGGACGAACUCAGGUGGUCAAAUUCUACGACAACGGCGACGGCUUCAACGCUGAGGUCACCUACGAGAAACAUCAGUGUGAUCGCAUUCCUCUUGUUAACAACAUGGCAGCCAAGAUUGUUGUCCUAGUGGCGAUGGUGGGUCUGAUUGUGGGGGCGCCCCAGUACAACUACGAGCCCCCUCAAGCACCCUCUUCCCUCUACGAGACGCCCCUGGUCGCCGAACCUCAGAACCUCGUCCCUGCAGUUGUCAGCCCGCCGAUGCAAGGAAUGCCGUACGACUUCACGUGGGGCGUCGAGGACGGCGACAGCGGCAACGCCUUCAGCCACGUGGAGAACAGCGACGGCCAGACGACCCAGGGCGAGUACCGCGUCCUUCUUCCCGACGGACGAACUCAGGUGGUCAAAUUCUACGACAACGGCGACGGCUUCAACGCUGAGGUCACCUACGAGAAGUAA